UAAUGUACAAGUAUAAACAAAGAAUUAAAGAAAAAGGACUCAUUAUAUUGAAUGUUAUCGAUAAUAUUGAGUGGAAAUAGGGGGUACUGCAGUGCCUGUACUUGAGCCGCCACUGCUCUCGGUACAUGUCCUCAGAUUGACACCCCAACACUCUGAAAUGUUUGUAUUGGAGCUUCCAGCACGAAUGCCAAGCAGAACAGCAUGUUGAUACCAAAUUUCUGGCAGAGUGAAUUGCGUCAUGGUGCUGCUUUCCUCACAAAUGGUGCCCAACUGACCCUACAAUACUGUGUAAUCGACAAAAUCCAAAACAAACAAUGAGCAAAAUAACAAAUAUAAAAUGUCGACAAUUUACCCAUUGCACCCGGUGUUGUGUGUGUGUGUGUGUGUGUGUAGCAGUAUGAAUAGCAAAAGAUGUUGAUGUAGCAGAUGUUGACGACAUCAAAGUGAAACAAUGAGAAAAGCAUUGGAUUGUGGUUUAAAUAAUUUAUUUAAUCGAACACUUGCAUUUACAUGUGGUAUACACAAGGAAAGCUGCUACAUGACAUUAUCAACUUGCCUCGAGUUGGCGAAGUAAAAAAAAUGAGUAGGAGAAAUAGUGUCGAUUUGAUGAGGUAGAACCAGACAUGCUUUGUGUCUGUGUGUGCAUUGUUCAUUCAGUCGUGUCUGUUUAUGUUUUGCGACUGCUACAUGCUGAAUGUCUUGACUGUUUGGCAGUUGAUGGCUACUGCUUAUCUGUCGUGUGUCUGACUGAAUUUAUAAUGGUCAUCCCAGCUAGAAGGACAGACAUAUCACAGAAGUAAUUUCUACCUAUGUAGGUCACCUCCAGUCCACUUGAGCCUUCAAUGAUACAGCUCAGGUCGGAGGUUGAAGAGAAAUCCAUCCAUCACUUUUUGACAGGACAAAGAAAUUUCUUUCAUGCCUGUUUGGUCAGUAGCGGAUCAAAGGAACAAUACCAUUCAGUUUUGAAAAAGGAAGUGUUAGUUUUUACACGCACGCACGCAUGCACACAUGUAUAUGUACAAGAAAUAUAAUAGCCCUCACCGUUUGUUUUUACUGUCUUGUUCUCACUGUCCUGUUCUUGUUAACACUUUCACCCUCCACAAAAGUCCCAAAUUUUAUUUAAUUUGCUUUGCGAGAAGGACUAUUUCAAUGAAGUCGCAUCUUUACCUUCGAAACGCAGAGUAGAUGAAACAGGGACAACUGAAGAAGGGACAUUGGAAAAUGAAAUUGAAAAAAAUCUGUUGUAUUGGUGCUGGUUAUGUUGGGGGUCCAAGUUGUAGUGUUAUUGCCAUGAAAUGCCCUGAUGUUAUUGUUACAGUUGUUGACAAAAGUGAACAAAGGAUUGCUCAGUGGAACUCUGAUGAACUCCCAAUAUUCGAACCUGGUCUGGAUGAAGUGGUUCGAAAAUGUCGCAACAAGAAUCUCUUCUUCUCUACAGAUGUUGAUAAAGCUAUUUUGGAAGCGGAACUGAUUUUCAUCUGUGUGAACACUCCUACAAAAAAUUAUGGACUCGGCAAGGGUCGAGCUGCUGAUCUUAAAUAUAUUGAAGGAGCAGCUCGGCAGAUUGCUGAGGUGGCAAAAAGCUCCAAGAUUGUCGUAGAAAAGAGCACUGUACCAGUAAAAGCUGCUGAAAGUAUCACCAAUAUUCUUAGGGCUAAUAUCAAGUCUGGCCUGAUGUACACAAUUCUGUCCAAUCCAGAGUUCUUGGCUGAAGGAACAGCCAUUAAGGAUCUUCUUUGCCCAGACCGGGUCCUCAUUGGUGGUGACCCAACCCCAGAAGGUCAAGAAGCUAUCAUGGCCCUUCAGUGGAUAUACCAACAUUGGGUAGCUCCAGAGAAAAUCAUCACCAUGAACACAUGGUCUUCAGAACUAUCAAAACUGGCAGCAAAUGCAUUUUUAGCUCAGCGUAUAUCUAGCAUCAAUGCUGUAUCUGCAAUCUGUGAAGCUACAGGGGCUGAUGUGUCAGAAGUGGCUCAUGCUGUUGGAACUGACACCAGGAUUGGGCCAAAGUUUUUGAAAGCCAGUGUUGGUUUUGGCGGGAGUUGUUUUCAAAAAGAUGUACUCAAUUUGGUUUACCUCUGUGAGUGUUUAAAUCUUCCUGAGAUAGCAGCAUACUGGCAACAGGUAAUUGAUAUUAAUGAUUUUCAAAGACGUCGUUUUGCUAAUCGAAUUAUUGAAGCUCUCUUUAAUACAGUGACAAACAAAAAAAUUGCAGUUUUUGGUUUUGCUUUUAAGAAAGACACUGCGGACACAAGAGAAUCAUCAUCAAUCUAUGUAUGCAAGCAUCUCUUGGAAGAAGGUGCUAAUGUGUUUAUAUAUGAUCCAAAAGUUGACCCAAAACAGAUAUAUGCGGAGCUGAUGCAUCCCACAAUUACAGACAAACCAGAAAUGGUGAAAGAAUUUGUUACAAUAUGUCCUUGCCCUUAUAAAGCUGCUGAGGCUGCCCAUGCUGUGGUGAUAUGUACUGAAUGGGAUGAAUUUAUAACCCUUGAUUAUAGCCAAAUCUACAAGUCCAUGUUGAAACCUGCCUUUGUUUUUGAUGGACGAAUCAUAUUGGACCAUCAGGCACUUAUCAAUAUUGGAUUUCAUGUUGAAACUGUGGGCAAAAGACUUAGUAGGUGGAAUGCCUCUCGCCCAAUAGCUACUGCAAUGCCUUAACUCUGUAAUGACACACUUCAGUCAACUGGGUGAAAUAUUCUUUUAGUUCAUUUAUUUGUUUUUAUCUGGGUUUGCUAGGGAAGGGUGUCAUUUUUAUUUUAUAUUUUAUUUUUUGCCAUUUGUUUUUAAAUGAUCCCUCUUCUCUUAAAUCAUGGUUUUAAUUAUUUCCUCCCCUCAAUUUCCAUGUUAUCCCUAACCAUCAAACAUUCAUCUUCUCACUUCUUUUACUUUUUUUUUCAAUUUUCAUUUUCGUUAGUUUAAGGUAAAUUGCUAUUAAGAUAUCAACAAAUCAGAUCUGAAGUUUGGUGUCAAUCCUCUUCAACUAUCACACAAAAUGUUCUCCAGAAAGGCAUGAACAUCAUGCAGUCUCUUUAUUUUCCUCUAUUGCAUUUACUAUUUUGUAUCUUUUUCUUCUAAGAAAUCAAUAAUACUGUUAUUGAUUUCUUAGUUCUGUGGAACUGGUAAAUACUGAGAAAACCAUGACACCACCAUUAAACAGAUUUCAAUUCCCAUUGGAACCGUUUCCCAUUAACCCUUUAAACUCGCCAUCCUACCCAUCCUCCAGUGUUACUCUGGGAAUUCCUGCCUAUUUAACAAUAUUACUGUUUUUUUUUAUUUUUUACAUUUUCAUUUUCAAAAUUUGAUGACUGAAAUUUUAUCACAAAUUACUAAGCUAUAUAUAUUGGGGAGUUAUAUUCAGACUGAAUAACAUAGGCUUUUAUUAACCUUUUGCCUAAGGGUGUGUAUGCCUGUCAAAUUGUCUACAAGUCACAUUUAUGUUUGUAUAUCUUGUUUUCCCUCAAGGUACUGUAAAUAAACCCCAUCACUCAGUGUACAGUGUGAAAACCCUGUUAUAAAACAUACUAUGUGAGUCCUAACUGGCUCUGUUAACAUAUGUCUGUUUAAGCCAUCUUACAGAAUGUGUUACUGGCUUUGUUAUACAAUCUCUACCAACUCUUGAUACAAAUUAUGUGUUAUUUUAUACACUUUAGUAUGUAUAUAUGUCAUACACAUUAUAGUGCAUAUAUAUGUUAAACAUACUGUAGUGUUUAUAUAUGUUAUACACAUAAUAGAGUACAAAAAUGUCAUAUACAUUAGUGUAUAUAUAUAUUUAAUGUGUAUAUAUGUUACAGAAUGUCUGAAUCAUUAUAGUGUUUCUGUUCUAUGUUAUACACUGUGGUGUCAUGGUUAACAAUAGCAUCAAAUUUUUUAAAUGGUAUUUUUUAUUGGUGAUUGGGGUGGGCCUUUUAAAGUAAUUCUGUUUCUUAGAAUCCAUGGUUCAUUUAAAAAUGACUUUAAACAAAAUUAUGUUUGUACAUACAUGUAUGUGUGUAAAAGUAUGUGGACACACACACAAAUGAGUACUAUGUGGUAUAAUUCACAGAAUCAUGCAGCUAUCACAGAAAGUAUAAUUCUAAAGGAGUCAUGGAGUUAAAUAAAUCUAUAUUCACCAUUCAUAUCUCUUGACAUUAUGGUUAUAUAUAUAUAUAUAUAU